CUUGGAAUGAUAUCAAUCUGUCAGAAACCUAAUUUCAUCCUUUGGUGUGAAGAGAGCAUGGACCAAUGCGUCUGCGCUGUGGGGAUCACUUGGUGCCCAGUGGUGCCGCUUGGUGUCGCUUGGCCCUCUGUAUACCCAGCUAUUUGAUGCCGACAUGCUGACACGAUAAUCGGCUGGAAAUCAAAAUUUGACAGAAUUCAAGAUGCAAAGGGAGGAGAAGCAGUUGGACACCGCUCUGGAGGCAAUUAUCCUUCGUGUGAGCGACUUAAAAUCUGCCAUAGCAGCAAUGAUAUACAAACUUGAACACGAAUAUGAAACCCUCAACUGGCCAAAUUUUCUUGACAACUUCGCUCUGAUUUCGGGACACUUAACUAGCCUCUCCAAAAUCCUUGGGCAUGACAAGGCUCCGAACAUGCGUAAUCUGACAAUUCUGCCGUUGCUUCUCAGUCCUGAGAAAGACGAGGACUUACUUAGAACAACCGAAGGUAGAAUAUCAACAUUUGCGCACGACCUUGUACCAGACUAUCUCCGUACCAAACCAGAGCCAUUAGCUGAGCAAAAGAUGAUGACACUUGAAGUCAAAGCUUCCAAUCUCACCUAUGAUGCCUCUCAGGACUCCAAUAAACAAGUCGCUCAGUACAACAAAGUGGUCAGUCAUGUUUGGGACAUUGCGAACAAGGCAAGGGAGGAAUGGGAAGGUGAAGCUGGAGCCCGGGCUGCGCAAGUCCAGACUAGUAGCUCGGCAGACACUCACACACUGGUCGCUGCUGUAGGCAUGGGAAAGAGUCUUAAGUCCGAUGCUGGACAAAUGGUGCAGGCGGGAGUAAGUCCCGGACCCCAAGGAAUAAUGGUUGGUAGAUCGGGUAACCAAUCGCAGACUGCGGGUCAAGGAUCGAUGGGAAAUACACAAUUGGGUCAGAUGGGAAAAGCACCGAGUGCAAUCAAGACCAAUAUCAAAGCGGCUUCACAGAUUCAUCCAUAUGGAAGAUAAAAUAUUGCUGUACUGGAACCAAAAGAGCUUUUUUCCAAGCUCGCAAGUUCCAAUGUCCCCUAUGAUGGAAAUGAUGGCUCAUCGGAAGCUCUGGAGUACCUUUGUCGAGUGGUGUGCUGUUGAAACCAAGAAUACAUUGCGUGAUGGAAUAUGUUCUACUCAGAGCUCUUACAUCUAUACAUGAACCUGAGACUUAAUCUAGGUGCUAUUCAGAAUAAUUUUUUUUAUAUUCAUUCCAGUUAGUUUUAUUCAUUUUUUCUUCGGCAGUCUGUGUUACACAAGUUUCAGCCACCCUGAAUAUUACAAAUUUCUCUACAAUGCCAUAGAUAUUAUUAUCACCUGAUAUUCCAACGGAAAAAGUGUAAUUCAAUAAUUAUUAAUCGUCAGCAGGAAUGUAGUCGAAGUACAUAUCAAAGAAGGAUGUAAUGUCGAUAACAGUGUAUCGAGAUACGUGAAUUAUACCUUCAUUCAAUAGUUAGAUCGUGCAAAAAACUAUAAUUAAAUUAAUUUAUCUUAAAAUUUUA